AUGGAAUCACGCCAUCUGCAGAGCACGCGAGCUCCGCCAUUAGACCUAUCUCACUACUUCUCAGAUGUCACCAAGAACCGCCAGGCAAGCGAUGUGAAGCGCUUCUAUAAAUACUUCGCUCUUCCAGGAAUGCACAAUUUGGCUGGUGGUCUCCCCCAUAUGUCAUACUUCCCUUUUGAUACCCUAGAAGCCUCUGCCGCUCAUCCACAUCGUUUUGAGCCGACUCCCAUUACUCCCGUGGACCCAGAACCUCCCAAGUCAAAUCGAAACCCGGCCGCGUUGCAUGUAAAGGUGCCCAAAGAGAGCAAAGCUACCAAUGUCCUGAGUAAAAUCGACCUGCAGACCGCUUUACAGUAUGGCACUGCGGAUGGGUACCCGCCACUCAGCUCUUUCAUUCGGCAGUUCACGCGUGAUCAUCUACACCCUAAUGUGCCGUAUGCCAAUGGGCCUGAGGUGAUUUUGACAUGCGGGUCGACGGACGGCUUCAGCAAGGCGAUCGAAACUUUCACAAACCCCUGGAUAGAGCAUAAAGACGAUAUUCGAGAUAGAAGUGGUAUAUUAUGCGAAGAAUUUGCAUAUAUGAAUGCGAUUCAAACAGUUCGGCCUCGUGGCCUGAAUAUUGUGCCGGUGGUUAUCGACUCACAGGGCAUGAUACCUUCUGGUGAAGGCGGUUUGGCAGACAUCCUUGAAAAUUGGGACUUUAGCAAGGGUAAACGCCCACAUCUGAUGUAUACGGUGACUCUUGGGCAGAAUCCCACUGGCACCACCAUGCCGAUUGAGCGGCGCAAAGAAAUCUAUGCACUUUGCCAAAUGUAUGACAUAAUCAUCAUUGAAGACGAGCCAUAUUGGAAUCUGCAAUACCCCUCUGCAAUUCAAGCACUUGAUAAGCCUCGAGGUGGGGAUGAACAUAAAUUAUUCAACCGGAAUUAUAACGCACACGGUCGUUCCUCUGGAUACGAUUUUUUGGACAGCCUAGUCCCUUCGUACCUGUCAAUUGACACAGACGGCCGAGUUGUACGUGUCGAUACAUUUUCAAAAACCAUUGCACCAGGCUGUCGGCUUGGUUGGCUGACUGCUCAACCAGCCGUUGUUGAGCGGAUCACGCGUAUUACAGAGACAUCCACUCAGCAACCUUCUGGCUUUGUUCAGGCUAUGGUGGCUCAGUUGCUUAAAGGACAGUCAAGCUCAGCCAUGACCAACAGAGCCAGCAAAAGCGAUGAGGCAUGGACAAUGGACGGAUGGGUUCGAUGGCUCGAAGGGCUGCGAGGCGGCUACGAGCGCCGCAUGCAAAACAUGUGUAAAACUCUUGAUGACGGCAAAUACGUCGUCGUCGAUUCAGCCCCCGGCUCCUAUCCCGAUAGCUGGUCCAUGGUUAGCAAAGUACCAAUGUAUGAGUUUGACUGGCCCAUAGCGGGCAUGUUUAUAUGGAUUAAAAUUCGAUACGACACUCACCCACUCCUUGAAAUAUACGGAGCAGAGAAAGUGUGCUCAGCGUUAUGGGCGUUCCUGACAACAAAACCGUUCCUCUGUCUGGCUGCGCCUGGAUUGAUGUUUGCACCCACGGCAGCUGUUCAGGAGUACGCUUUCCAGUACCUGCGACUCUGUUUUGCACCGAUGCCUGAAGAUGAAGUCAUCGACUACGCCCAGCACUUUAAUGCGGGAUGCAGAGCGUUCUGGCAGUUACAGGACUUUGACGGCGUUCCUGAUUUAGAUGAAGACAUGGAGUCAGGAGCAGGGUUGAAGGUUUGGUAG